AUUAGAAUCCAGCGAGACGCAGACGGGAAAACAGAUUCUAAACGCCACAAGACUGGAGGCUGCUCAUCUCCACUCGUAAGCCCUACCUGUUAUUUGUACUCUUUUUGAGCUCUUACAAAAGAUACAAAAAGAGGGAGAGAGUGUUAGCUAGGGCCUAGCGGACACCCCACGAUCUGGGCAGUUUUUUUUUUCCGUCUGUUGCCCCACGAGUAGCGAGAAAGGGGACGAUCAAAUCAAUCAUGCCAUCAGGUGCAAAGAAGAGAAAAGCAGCAAAGAAAAAGAAGGAACAGCAGGCCAACAAUAACAACAACAAUUCUUCUUCAUUAGAUAACAGUAGCCCUCGAGGAAAUGAAGAUCCAAAAAGCCAGGAUGAGAGGGAGAGCGAUGGUGGUGAGGUUGGUUCCCCUGUAUCUCAGGACCACCAUAACGAACAACAUCCAUUUAAUGAGGAGAAUGAAGAAUCUGAGAAGUCAUUAGCCUCUGACUGCAAGCCCAUUGAUGAUGCAGAGAGAAUCCAAGAAGUUGGAGUAGGGGAUGACACUGUUGUUAGAAUUGAGAGAGAACUGAACCCUGAGCAUUGUAUGGAGAGCAAAGACAUUAGUGUGGAGCAUGGUGAGUCUGGGAAGGAGUUGUAUGAUGGGUAUGAGAAAAACUCUAGUAGUGGUAGUAGUAGUAGUAGUAGUAGUAGUAGUAGUAGUUCUUCAGAUGAUGAGCCUCAAACUUUAGACAAGAAAAGGAAGGAGGAAGUCCUUGAUUCAGCUUUAGAUAAUGUGGAAAAGGUAUUGACUGAAGAGGUGACCAAGGUUUUGGGAAUUGAAAAACCACUGAAGGAAGCAAAUGGUAAUUCAAUUGCAGAAACUGUCCCUACUGUUGAUUUGAUUACGCAAGUGGUGCCCAAGGAGGCAAAUCAUGUGAUUGAUGGUGCUGCAUUUGGGAAGUUGGAUGUUCUGGAUGUUGUUGAACCUGGGUCAAAGGAAAAUGAAGAAAAAUUGCUGCAGGAAUCCAGUGGUGUUACAUCUAGUUUGGUACCAGAGAAAAAUAAGGAUAAUCUUUUCCAUGUGUUGCAUGAGAACGUUGGGGCAUCAACAAAUAUGGUUAGUUCUGCUAAGAACGGUAAUGAGGAUAAGGCUUUGGCAGUAUCAGGUGCUCAUUUUUCUGAAACUAUCACUUAUGCUGAAAACAUCAAAGAAUCUGAGACUGUGAAUGGUAACGUAGUCGUAAAUGAGCCUAAGACAUUGACAUCAUCAGUUGCUCAUACCUUUGGAACUAGUAACGAUGCAGAUAAAGCCAAAGCUAUUGAGACAUCUGAGUAUGCUGAAACCCAGCCUCUCGUACCUCAAGCUCCACAAGUAUCACAGAGAACCUCCUGGAUGAGUUGCUGUGGUUUAUUUGAUCUUUUUACAGGCUCCAAUAGAUGAUUUCAGAAACAGAGCGUGUUGCUUCGGCAUACUGAAGCAGCGAAAGGAACUUGAAGUGGGGUUUUGGCUUAUAGAAGUUUGUAAUAGCUCAAAUUAGUGUCCUUGUCAAAAAGUUUUCCCAUAGAAUAAUGGGCAAGAAACCUAUAUAGGCAAACGAUUAUAAUACACAGCAAAAAUAGUAUUACUGAUAUUAUUGGUAGACAGCUCAGUUUACCAUGCUUUAUUUACUGUUGAUUUUUUGGUGUGUUAAUAGACUCUGUUGUAUCUAUUCGUUGCUUGCGUUUCAGGCUACCCAUGACCUUAAAAACUAAUAGUUUUAGUAUGAGAUCGAUGUUUUCUUGAUUA